CAGCUCAUUUCUUCCCAGCUUCACUUGCGUCAUGGCGGCUCGGGGCCUCGGCGGCUCAGGCCUCCUUGCGCGGAGCCUGCCGUGCCUCCUUCUCCUUCUUUCGACCGACCUGCGGGCCCGGCAGACCUGUUAGUAUCGGGUAGGGGAAACCAGUGCGGGGGCUGCAGGCAGCCCAAGGCAGUCUUUCUGCAUGGAAGCUCCUGGGGAUGAUUUGAUAGUUUCAGCUUCAGCAAGAGAAUGCCUUAUUUUGACAUCUUUCUGUCAUCAUAACUUGUGGUAACAGCAGCCCUGUCCUGGAUUUCUAAAUAGUGAAGCAUCUGGAGUUACAAUCAUGACUUCGAGACCAACAGAUGUUCCUGCUAUAGAACAUGGCUCGGGAAGCCUUCUAGGGAAGAUCUCCCAGCCAAUUGGAAUGAAUCGUCGGGCAUUCAGUUACGAUGAUGCCUUAGAGGAUACAACACCAAUGACUUCUCCUCCUUCAAACAUAACCACCAAUAUCUUAUGGAAAGAACCAGUCAUUCCAGGUCACAAAUAUGAAAAGAUUUCCCAGGUUGAGGAAGGGGAGACUAGCAAACAUCUCUCUGCUAAAAUCCCCCCAUCUUCAUCUGAGGGGAACAAGACACCAGUAGUGAAGGCCAAAGCCACCCACAUCAUCAUGAAUUCUCUUAUAGCAAAACAAACCCAGGAGAGCAUUCAGCGAUUUGAACAGCAGGCAGGGCUAAGAGAUGUCGGCUACACUCCACACAGGGGCCUCACUGCAGAAGAAACAAAAUAUCAUCGUGUGGCUGAGUCAUUCCAUAAUUUGAAGAUGCAAAGUGGAGAGAUGGUAAAAGAAGAUAAACAGGCCUCUUCUGCCCAGUCCACACCAAGCAGCACUCCUCAUUCUUCUCCCAAGCGCUCAUACAGAAGCUGGUUUAGUCAUGGAGCUUCUGCUUCAGUCACUGGUCCUGAUCGUGGCCCCAUGGAUUCCAACAGUGGUGAUAGUGAUAAAGUACUAUCUGAAAAAUGGAGCAUUUUUGGACCUAAAGCUCUUCAGAGAUCUGCUACUGAAUCAGGAGGCUUUACCAUUCAGACAUAUAAGGGUUCUCAGAAGCCAUCUCCAAUGGAACUGAUGCGUAUACAGGCGACCAGGAUGUCAGAGGACUCUGCAAAUUUCAAGCCUCCCAAGAUGGAUAUUCCUCCUAUCGAAGAGAAGAGGCGGUCUUCACAUUCUCACAAUCUUAAACCCCGGGACUUGAACGUGCUCACUCCCUCUGGUUUUUAGGAGUAUUUCUACUUAAGUGGCGCAAGUAUGUUCUUGUCAUCUGAUCUCAUCUUUAAGUAGAUUCCAUUCCACUCACGAAUCCCUGAUUUAAAAAGGUGACUCUUUGCCUUCUAGUUCAGAAUUAUAAAUGGGGAUGAAAUGAGAUCUGGGCAGCUUUCUUAAUUUAUUGCCUUUUUCCUCUCAAAUAGCUCUCGGGUAAAUUAUAAAUCAAAGUAAUCUACCACUGAAAUUCGGAUAACAAAUUGUGUGCUGCUUUACAUAGCUAAACUUUAAAAAGGAUAGCUAUAAAUUAGUUGAAGCUGUUUUGAAUUUUUGUGCUCCCACUACUAAAUUUGGUGCUGCUAUUCAGGCCAAAUUAUCAAUAGACAAUGCAUUAUUUUUUAAUAUCUAAAUGUUUUUUUUUUAACUUGAACAGAAUCUAGGGGGAAAAAGAUUU